AUGCCGCAACCCCUCCCCUCGAAAGAGGCCGCGCUCUUCCGCUCCGUUAUUCGAUACUAUGAGGACAAGCAGUACAAACGUGGACUUAAGUCUGCCGAGCUUAUUCUCAAGAAGCACCCGAAGCAUGGAGACACUACCGCCAUGAAAGCUCUGAUUCUGAAUGCACAGGGCAAGACAGAAGAGGCCUUCACCUUGGGCAAGGAAGCUCUGACAAUGGACAUGAAGUCACACAUUUGUUGGCACGUGUACGGAUUGUUGCAUCGGGCGAACAAGAAUUUUGAGGAGGCUAUCAAAGCUUACAAGUUUGCUCUUCGACUAGAACCUGAGUCGGGACAGAUCCAACGCGAUCUGGCUAUUUUGCAAAUUCAAUGUCGCGAUUACCAGGGUUACAUUUCGAGCCGAACAGCUAUGCUUCAAGCCCGACCUCAAAUUCGCCAAAGCUGGACCGCGCUCGCCAUCGCUCACCACCUAUCUGGAAACCCCGCUGAGGCCGAGAAGGUUAUGAACACCUACGAGGAAACCCUCAAGACGAAGCCCUCGAAAUUCGACAACGAGCAUUCUGAAGCAGUUUUGUAUAAGAACUCUUUGAUUGCGGAGCAAGGGGACUAUGAACGGGCCCUUGAGCACCUCAACAAUGCCGCCAAGCAAAACCUUGAUCGGUUGGGUGUUAUGGAAGCUCGUGCUGAGUAUCUUCACAAGCUAGGCAAGAAGGAGGAGGCUGCCAAAGCCUACCGCGCUCUGAUUGACCGUAACACCGAACAUCCAGUAUAUUACGAGAAGCUUCUCGAGGUUUUGGAGGUACCAAAGGAGGAUGCCAAGGCUCGAAAGGCCAUCUUCGACGAGUACGCCGAGAAGUCUCCUCGGUGCGACGCAGCACGCCGAUUGCCGCUGGACUUUCUCACAGGUGAUGACUUCAAGCAAGCUGCCAACGAAUAUUUGAGGUUGAUGCUUAACAAAGGAGUUCCGUCAACCUUUGCCAAUCUCAAGCAUCUUUACUCGGAUUCCUCUAAAAAGGACACACUUCGUGAACUAGCCGAGAACUAUCUGAACUCCCAGAGUUCAGAUUCCGAGAGCAAAGAUAAGGGAGAGGCAGCGGCACUCUACUACCUUGCGCAGCACUAUAACUAUUACCUCAGCCGCGACUUGACAAAGGCCAGCGAAUAUAUCGAUAAGGCGAUUGAGAAGGACCCUAAGAGCGUAGAUUUCUCCAUGACCAAAGCACGAAUCAUCAAGCACGGUGGAAACAUACAAGAAGCCUCCAAAGCCAUGGACCGAGCCAGGAAACUUGACCUCAAGGAUAGAUACAUCAACACAAAGGGUGCCAAGUACCAGCUUCGCAACAACGAGAACGAAAAGGCUCUUAAGACAGUUGGUCUUUUCACCCGCGCAGAGACUGUUGGCGGUCCUCUAGCCGAUCUCCUGGAUAUGCAGAGUGUCUGGUUCUUGACGGAAGAUGGUGAAGCAUAUGCGCGUCAGGGCAAUAUCGCCUUGGCCCUCAAGCGAUAUCAGCAAAUCUUCAACAUCUUUGAUGUGUGGCAGGAGGACCAAUUCGACUUCCACAGCUUCUCCCUACGCAAGGGUCAGAUUCGCGCCUACAUCGACAUGAUGCGAUGGGAAGAUCACGUUCGUGAUCACCCCUUCUUCUCUCGGGCUGCUCUUGACGCAGUAGAAGUUUAUCUCAAGCUAGCUGAUAAGCCUUCGGCGAAUGGCGUCAAUGGAGCUGACGGAGAGGAUGGUGAGGAUGCUUUGGCUAAGAAGAAGGCUGCUAAGAAGGCCAAGAAGGAGCAGCAGCGCCUAGAAAAGGAGGCUGCUGAGCAACAAGCUAAGCAGGAUCCCAACAAGGGUGGUAAGGAAAAGGAUGGUGAGGUGAAGAAGAAGGACGAAGAUCCUCUUGGAUUGAAGCUUGCCGAAACCACCGAUCCUCUUGGUGAUGCUAUGAAAUUCAUCAACCCUCUGCUGCAGUUCAGCCCUAAGAACAUUAACGCUCAGUUCGCUGGCUUUGAGGUGUACAUGCGCCGUAAGAAGUACGUUCUUGCCCUUCGUUGCCUCACGGCGGCGUUGGAACUUGACCCCAAGUCGCCCCGAGUGCACGAGCAAUCUGUAGCGUUUGCUCAGCUGUUGAAGACAGCGACGGGCAUUGAGCCCAAGGUCCUUGAAGUGCUGAAGGCCGAGUUUAAGGCCGUCGACCCUUCUACUGACUUGGUGAAGUUCAAUGAUGAGUUCAAGGCCACCAACGAGAACAGCCCUAGACAUGUGCUCUCUGCCAUCAAGGUGCAGAAGCUGCUAGGCCAGGACAAAGCCAAGAGCGAGGAGGCUAUCACUGGGAUCUUAAGUCUGCCUGGUAUCACCUAUGAGGAUGCCAUUGAGGGUCUUGAGGUGCUCAAGAGCUGGAGAAGCUCUCAAGCGGAGACAUACAAGAAGACAGCCCUGGAGAAGUUCCCUGACGUGACAAGACUUGCCUAG